AUUUUAUCAAUUUUAACAAUUAGUUCAAUUAUUUUAUUAAUUUCAAUUGUAGUAAUAUUACUAGCCUCAAUUCUUUCAAAAAAAACAUUAGCUGAUCGAGAAAAAGCAUCCCCAUUUGAAUGUGGAUUUGAUCCAAAAUCAUCUUCUCGAUUACCUUUUUCACUUCGAUUUUUUUUAAUUACAAUUAUUUUUCUUAUUUUUGAUGUAGAAAUUGCUUUAAUUCUUCCUAUUAUCUUAAUUAUUAAAUUUUCUAAUUUAAUAAUAUGAACAAUUACAUCAAUUAUUUUUAUUUUAAUUUUAUUACUAGGUCUUUAUCAUGAAUGAAAUCAAGGAAUAUUAAACUGAUCAAAUUAA